GAAUCUGACAAUUGCUUGCUGUUGUUCACAAAAAGAGAGAAGUUAUCGGAAGCAUGGUGUUGUUGUUUUGGACGAGUCAUGGUGUUAGACCCAAUUUUCGAAGGCAAAAAAUUGAAAGCAGGAGAUUGGUUAUUUCCUGAUUUGUUCAAAGGAGUUGAGCCUAUUUACGUAGUCAAGAAAAUCAUUGCACUGUCACCCCCUCUAGCUUAUACUAGUUGCUUUAUGAACGAAAUAAAGGUUGAAUUUGAUUGUUGUGCUAAAUGUGUUCGAAAUCUUGACGACAGUAAAGUAAUCUACGAAGAUCGCUUCCUUGGAAAUAUAGUAAUGUCUUCAGAAGAUUACCACAAGCUUCGUUUAAUGCGGAUGGUGUGCCUUUUGCAGUUCAACCAUGAGAGCCCUUAUCAAAGACCAUGGACAUUAGUGAAGUUCCUGCGUGAGCUAGCAGUUGACGAGGAGUUUCCAAUGUUGUCUUUUGAAUGUAGUUCUAGUGAUAGCGAGCGACGCAAGAAUCGCCCCCAUCGAGUUUCUCGAGAAGGAAUCGGAUGGGAAAGAGGAAACGAGAUCCCAUAUCCUCCUAAUAGACUUGACGAGCCGUCGUCUCCAGAAAGUGCGCACAGCACGGAGGAUCGCUAUCCACCUCUGGAGGAGGCGUUGGAUAUUGUCGGCAGCCUUUUGGGUAUGAGGGAAAUUUAUGAAGUGAUUGAACGACGAAGUCCAUGGUUGCUCACAAGAAUGCAUAGAUUUUUAUUGUCACAAGAUGAAGAAGCCAAUUUUCGCAAUGCUCCUUACCAUGAUGUGAGUUUGAAGUACCUAGAGGAUGGUGAAGAUGUAUCUGCAUUCUUUCUCACUCUCUCUCCAGCUGACUUCAACUUAUAG